UCCCCGUCCAACCGGUCAGUGUGUUACAAGCUGGUAGGCAGCUAGCAGCUAGCUGAGCUACCUCCUCCUCCUCCGCCUGUGAAGGCAGCACAACGGACCCGUGAAUGAAUCCCCGCACCUCAAUGCAUCUCCUGUGGGCGCGAUGGCAGCGGCAGAAACGACGGCGGCAGCUAGCCUCCUCUCUCGCCACUACAGGAGGAUGCUGAAGCUGUUCGGGGCUCUGGUUAUCCUCGGACUGGCCCUGGCGUGCAUCACCUCCUGGGUGCUGGAGAGCUAUGACACGGCUUGGCACCCUAAACGCAGCGUCCAGCACCAGGCUGCCGGUGAUGGAGAUGAAUCCAAGGGGAGCUCUCCACCAUUUCCCGGCGGCGAGUUGAACAAUAUAUUCUGGUUUAUACAGGUGUCUGACAUUCAUAUUAGCCGAUUUCAUGAUCCAAGACGCAUCCCAGAUUUUGAGAAGUUCUGCACCGACACCAUUGAAGUGAUGAAACCAGCUCUGGUGCUCGCAACAGGGGAUCUGACGGAUGCAAAAACAGAGAGUAAGGUGGGUUCCCUGCAGCAUGAGGUGGAGUGGCAGGCCUAUCACAACAUCCUGAAGAGAUCACGAGUCAUGGAGCGCACCAGGUGGAUCGACAUCCGUGGAAAUCAUGAUGCCUUCAACAUAAUGUCAUUGGACAGCACCAACAACUAUUACCGGAAAUACUCGGCUAAUCAGAAAGUAGGCUCCUUCCACUAUGUACACAAAACUCCCUUCGGCAACUACUCCUUCGUUUGUGCAGACGCCACCCUGAUGCCGGGACCCAAGAGGCCGUACAAUUUCUUUGGUAUUCUCAACCAGACUCAAAUGGACUUGCUGGACACGUUCAGAACUGAGAGUCUGAAAAGCAACCAGUCGAUCUGGUUUGGCCACUACACCACCUCCACCGUCGUUUCCCCAUACCCAGGAGUUCGGGAUAUGAUGAGGUCUGCAGUUGCUUAUUUGUGUGGUCACCUGCACACACUGGGCGGCCUGAUGCCGAUCCUCCACAGUCGACAUCCACAAGGCACCCUGGAGCUGGAGCUGGGCGACUGGAUGGACAACCGCAAGUACAGAGUUCUGGCUUUUGACCAUGACCUGCUGAGUUUCUCUGACCUGAAGUUUGAGCAGUGGCCUGCAGUUCUCAUCACCAACCCCAAGGAUGCCCAGUACCUGCAUCCCGGAGUGGAGCCUCUGGGCCGGAUACGGAGAUCCACACACAUCAGGAUCUUGGCCUUCUCAGAGGCCCAAAUCACAGCGGUACAUGUGAGUGUAGAUGGGGAACCUUUGGGACAAGGCCUCUCUGCUGGAGGCCCUCUUUAUGUACUGCUGUGGGAUCCGUCUCUCUACCUCAGCGGGCUACACACAAUCAGAGUUAAAGUGGAGGACUCGGCAGGCCGGUCGUCAGUGCGGGAGCAGCACUUUACUCUGGAGAAAGACCUGACUCCCAGCUUUGGUUUUGCACAGUCCUUCAUCCUUCUCACCGACCACUACAUCCUGGGCAGAGUGGCCUUUAUAUGUACAAUGCUGCUGAAUGUCGGUGUGCUGUUGGCCUUCAGGUUCCUGCGUGUUCCUUCAGGGAGAGGAUUGACCUUUCAUGCGUGUCUGUCGCUCCACAUGGUCAGUAAAAUGGACACCUUCUACUACUCUCUGCUGCUGUUCAACCUGUGUACAGCCUUAGGCCCGUGGUUUAUAGGAGAGAUGAUAGAUGGCCAUAGUGGUGCCUGCUUCGCCUUUGGGGUGUUUAUUGAUGGACACUUCCUGGAGGGCAGUCUCACUUAUGUUGUUGGAGUCGUACAACUGCUGUUCUUCAACAUGCCCCUCUACUGUUACCUCUGCUGGAGCCUCCACCACCGUUGCCGCGGCAACACCUUCCGAUCCCACUUCUUGCGGCCGGGCUGCCGCUGGCGGACUCUAGCAGUUCACUUCUUCAUGCUGCUGCUGCUCACCUGGCAGGCCCACUCCUGCUACUUUCUCCUGGAGACCUACGGCCCCACGGCCUUUUUCCUGUCUCCGGUCCGCACGUGGGCAUUGGGGCUCAGUCUGCUAUUGGUCUACCGUGCCUGGACAGGCCCCGCCCCUCUUGUUCAUGACAACAGCAAGAGCGUCUCUCCCUCUUGACAGUAAUUGCACUGUACCACAACAAUUUCCUUGAGCCUGACUCACAGAUAUAUUUUGUGGUCUCUAUCCACCCUGAAAGCCUCAAUUUUCUCCACACAGCAGCCCCCUCCUUAAUUUUUCUUCUCCCUCCAAAGCCACCUCACAGUACAUCAUUCACUAUCCUGUUCUAGGUAGUAUUGUUUACUUAAUAUGCAUGUUAUUGUAAAACACCGGUGAGCACAUUUCUGGCCAUACUCAUUGCAAUGUGUACAGUGUAAAAAAUAUAUAUAUACAUGGAGGGUGAAAUAGCCUAUUGGAGCUAUGUAAAGACUAGUCCAACGUAUGCUGCAGUUGACAGUAUAUAAGAGCUGUAUUCUGCUGUGGUUUAAGCUGACUUGUUUACUUGAGCUUUAGCACUUUUUGGAAGUGUUGCCUUGGCCUAAUGCCACUUCACCACUGCCAAAGGAUGAAUAAGAAAGAUUUCACCUUUCAUUCUUCCAUCAGACAACAAUUUUCAUUCACUAAUGAAGGCUGGACGUGCCAAACCCAAUCUUCCUCGUGUUUACCGUCUGACACAAAAAUCAUGUGUCCUGCAGAAAGGUGCGCGCUUCAUUUUUGUAUACUGUAAAGCUUUUCCUAACUUCCCACGUCGGACAGAGCGCAGCAGUUACUCUGAUGGAGUUGACAUAGGCGAGGCAACCUAGACGAUCAUACUUUUCAAGUUUUUGUUCUACACAAUAACAGGAAAUCAAAGGAAGGAAAUUACAAAACAAUGAAGUACUGUAGUUGACCUGUGUCCAAGUAGUUAAAAAUAUUGAAAGUGUUUUUAAAUCGAUUUAAUUCCAUUGCAAAAGACUGCCACUAAAACAUUUCUCAAUAUUCGCAUUGGAAGAGUCAUAUCAAAAAGUUCAAUGCCAGUUUUCGCUAAAAACACAGAGAAGCCGGCCCUGACUUUUUCAUGCUCCUUCAAACGUGAUUACAGAAAGCAGAUGUUUGUUUCUCAGGAAUGUGAGCACUUGAACAAUAGGCUGGUCCCAGAAGUAUUUCAGGACAAUGUUUUUAUACUCCAUCAUAGCUCAGUGAACUAAAAAACCAUGUAAAACAAUCAACGUGUGGUGGCUAAAAAAACAAAAAACAAAAUGAAUGUGAUAUAGCUGUGGUGAAAUGAGAUGAACCAGUACUAUGCUGUUUUUUUAAAAUGUAUUCAUUCUGAUUGUAUUGUGUGAUUAAUUUCUUUUUCUUCCCUCUCAUGUUAUAUAUCUGCACUGGAAAUGGGCAUUCUUCACCCGAGGGGGGGCCAGUCCUACCUCGAGGUGAGUGUGAUUAGGAAGAUAUAAGAGAAUUCCCUGCGUUGGAAAUUCAUUUUGACAAUUUCAAAAAAAAAAGAAGAAAGUUUUGUCUAUAUUGUUCAAAAAUAUGUUUGUUCUUUUUGUGCCAGUGUGAGAGCAGUAAACUGUAUGUUGCACAUCAGUCCUUUCUGUCAGUAGUAGCAGGUGUCUGGAUUCCACAAAACCAAACUGAUGGGGGGGAAAAGUACGUAAAUAGGGGUAAAAAACACUUUUAUUAAGUCUUUAAUGGGAGCAAUGUUCCAAAAGAGUUAGCACCAAGUAUGUAUUUAUUUUUAAACCAUACCCAGCAUGAGUGCAGAAUAAUUGCUUAGUGCUGUGAUAAGACAAGCAGUUUAAUAUUAGAACAGCUGUUAGACAAUGAGAAAAUGUAAUUAUGUGUUCUCUUGCUGGCAAUGGUUUAAUAUCUUUUCCUUUCUGCUCGGAAGAGUCUUUUACAUUUGUACAAGAGCACUACCAAGUGUAUAAUUCCAGCAUAAAGGUUGAUAUUUAAGAGUUUAUAUUUCUGGAAAGCAAAAAAAAACAGUUCUCUAAUGAUGCUCUGUACCUCUGAUGCUAUAAAAAUCUGUCCACAAGGAGGCAGUGUUGAAUGAAUUUAGAUGGUAAUGGGAAAUGACUGUUGGAUCUGUGCUAUGAGCCUUUUAUUUCACUUCCACUUUUAAAUUAAAGCAUGGGCCUGUUAUGGGUUAUUUUUAUUCCUUUUCUUUUUUUUUCAGAAAAGCACUAAAAGAAUGUUUUGAUGAGACAGGUUUGCUAUAAAUCUGGUUGUGAUUGUUCUGUACUGUACACUGAUUUGACUGUUCACAAGAAAAAAACGAGACAUCGACUCCACCGCUACGUCUCUGAGAGAAAACAUACUGUAGGUGAUGUACCUGCUGUUCACAUAUUCUGCAUCCCCCUCCUGUGUUCAAAUAUUUCAAUAUAAAUAUGAAUUAACAAAUGAUGAUUUUACACCUGCCACAUAUUUUUCUCGUUACAACUGAGAUACGAGCCAACCACUUUUUUUUCUAAUUAUUGGUUUACAGUGCUGUGGAAUAAAAUGUUCAUUACAGUAAAUCAUAUACUUUGUGUUUGUGUACACAUUAUCAUCAUUGUCACAUAAUGUUACGCAGCAGUUGAGAAUAUGGAAUUCCAACAGGUGAGUCAAAAAGAAAACUGAUUACAUCAUUAAAUAAUUAAAAUGAGGUGUGAAAUGACAAAUAAAACUGUGUACUCUAACCUCCAAUCAGUGUAAAAAAAAAAAAAAGAAAAGAAGAGAAAGCCUUAUUUCUCUUUCAUCACUGAUUGUUUGAUAGAGUAUAAAGGUACGUCUUAGUUUUUUUUCUUUAUUAAAACAAUAUUUUCUUGUUCUUUUUGCUAGUUUUUUUUUUCAACACUAGUUCUCACACUUUAUGGCACAAAUUUACAAUUUGCUGAAAAGGCUAGUACUAUGCUGACGGUGUUUUCAGGUACGCCUGCAGUGUGGAACUUGCAUAUAAAUAAAUGAGUGUAUGAUACAUUCAAGCCCUCGCCAGAUGAUUUCAAACAAUGCUGAUAAAAUCUAUUUAGAAGAUAAAUCUGUCUGUAUUUCACAGUACACUGAGUUUUUAACACUACUGCUGUUCUCAGUUCAAUUUUCACCCAGGAGGUCAACAGGCGUUAACUAAAAAAUAAGGUAUACUUUCAUUUUAAUGAGGUCUGGAAUGA